AUGGCCAAGAACGUUAACGUAAACCGCAAUGUGCAAGAUCCUUACUACCGUUACAAGAUGCCUCGAAUCAUGGCAAAGGUUGAAGGAAAGGGAAACGGCAUCAAGACUGUUAUUGCCAACAUGUCUGAUAUUGCCAAGGCGUUGUGUCGUCCUCCAACUUGUAAGUUUUCCUUUGUAUUACUAUUUUUGGUUUUUAGAGUAAAGUAUAGCUAAAGAGUACCAGUAUUUUGAUCUGUUUGACAUCAAAAACACAUCUUUCAAUAUAAUUUAAAAUUUGAUGUUUCAGAUCCUACCAAAUACUUUGGCUGUGAAUUGGGAGCUCAAACCAACUUUGACUUGAAGAACGAUCGUUACAUUGUUAACGGAGAGCACGAUGCCAACAAACUGCAGGACAUUCUUGAUGGAUUCAUUCGCAAGUUUGUUCUUUGUCCGGCUUGUGACAAUCCCGAGACUACUUUAACGGUCAAGAGAAAUACCAUCCACAGCAAGUGCAAGGCUUGCGGACAUGCUUUUAUCGUCGACCCGAAGCACAAGAUCUCAACCUUUAUUCUGAAGAAUCCACCGCCAACCGAGAGCAGCGAUGACGAGAAGAACAAGGACAACAACUCUCCUUCUGAGGACAUGAUGGAAGGCGUGGAUCUGAAUGGAGCGCAAAAGAUUCCAGUUAUUGAAGACGAUGACGAUUGGGCUCCCGAGCCUUUGGAUGAGAACGAAAAGCUGAGUGGCCAGAUUGGAAAGUUGGUCAUCGAUCGUGACUUGGACAAGUCUAUUGAAGAACGUCUGGAUAUGCUUCAUCACUACUUCUUAAAGGCCAGAGAUGAAGGUCGUCUUGGUGUAAGUAUUUCAAACAGCUAUAUGUUUACCAUUGUCAUAUAGUUUUGUUAUGAAUUACGUCAUCUUUAUUUAUUUUAGGACAUCAAGAGUUUGGUGAAUGAAGCUGAGCGCUUGGAGUUGAAGACCAAGGCACCCGUUCUGUUGGCCGAUGUUUUGUUCAGUGAAGACGUGUUGCAAGAGAUCAAGGAUCAUCGCAACUUGCUUCUUCUGUUUUGUUAUGACAACAAGAAGGCCCAAAGAUACUUGUUGGGUGGAAUUGAACAACUCAUCCAAAAGAAUCCGGAGAUUUUGCCAAAAUCAGCUCACAUUGUGAAGCUUUUGUACGAUGAAGAUCUGUGCAGUGAAGAUGCUAUUCUUGCUUGGGGUGCUAAGGUAAGAAAUUAUGUUUUUACUAUUGUUUUUGACUAUGUUCACGUUGCUAAUUAACUUAUUUUAGCCAAGUUCCAAGUACGUCAAGAAGGAGUUGGCAAAGGAGAUCAUUAAAAAGUGCGAACCGUUGCUUGUCUGGCUGAAGGAAGCCGAGGAGGAAACAGAAUCAGAGGAAGAAGAUGACGACGAUGAUGUAGCCGUCGAUUUUGAUGAGCGUAGCAAGAACAUUGGCGUUACCAUCACCGAGAAGGUCGCUCCUCAAACUAACGGAAAAUCUAACGGAACUCCAGCUGCCGUUGUUACCGAAGAUGGCCAAGAGGUCGACAUUGACGACAUUUAA